CAAAUUGAGUGAAUUUCCUGACAAAAUAUUUGUUAAAAAAGACUUCAUCAUUUUUCAUCAUUAAUUCUUUACUACAAACGCACUGAGUUUAAGAGAAAUCCCCACAUUAAAAAAAAAAAUUAACUGUAGUACCAAAAAAAUUGCGGUUAUAUACGAUAUUUAAAAGUCGAUUUUACGGUUUACGGUUUACAUUGUCAAAAAAAAACAAGUUUAUAUGAAAUAGAACUCUAAUCUUUUUCUCAAAGGUUGUUCCGUGUAAAGGACAUAAACGAGUAAAACAUUUACAUGUGGCUCAUUCUGAGUUAAUCCCAGAGUCUGGUGCUCCUGCCUCCUGGCCUUUAACUGCAGGAAUAAAAGUAAUGAAAAUGUCAAUACCAUAAAGUCGUCGUGGUCCUUGGCUCAGUCAGAAUCGGCAGAUUUUUGAGGGGAGAGUGACAGCUCUUUGUUGGUGAAUGGAAAAGGGUGGCGAUGAAGAGGGAGAGGGAGAGAGAGAGAGAGAAAGGGAGAGAGAGGGGAGGUGGGGAUGAGGGGGGGGGGGUGGGGGGGAACUCCUCCUACCAAAUUAUUCAGACUGGGCAGGCUUUAGGAUUUGCUCCCUUCACAAAUAGGACACGGUUCUCAAAUGCAGGCAGUCCCAACCUGACCUCCAAGCACCGAGGAAGCCCUGACUGACUGGGAACAACCGGGAUAGAGAGAAAUCACCAACCAAAACUCUGUGUCAUUAUUUUUUUCUCUCUUUUUUUUUUUUUUUCCUGGCGUGUAUUUAUACUGCCCCCCCCCCUCCACCUCCUCCCUCUUCCUCCCCAGCACCAACACCUCUUCCACACCGGUUUGUCGCAUCAUUUGGACUAUAUACAUUUUUUUUUCCUCUGUUGUUUUUGGAGGAGGAGGAAGAGAGAAAGAGAGCGAGAGUAAGAGAGAGAGAGAGAGAGAGAGAGAGAGACAUUGACGGGGAGAAGGAAAAAUCUGGUGCGCCACACACCAACUCCUCCCGUCCCACCCAUGUUGUAGUUUCUUGGCGUUUCUUCUUUUCUUCAUGCAGUUGCCUUUGCACUCUGAGGAGGUGAUUUGAUUCUCAGUCUCCUGUGGUGGUGGUGGUGGUGGUGCCUGUUGGUGGUGGUGUGUGUGUCGCCCCUCUCACAGCCUCGGAGCCCCUCUCUUGGAUGCGCUGAGAGCGCAGGGCGCAGCGCCGCAGUCACAGUAUAUGGAAGUUGUGGGCUGCAAGACAGAGGCAGGCAGUUGCACGUUGCGUCCAGGACCGGGAGCCAUGCUUUUCCACGGGAUCUCCGGGGAUCACAUCCAAGGGAUCAUGGAGGAGAUGGAGAGACGGUCGAAAACGGAGUCGCGUUUGGCCAAGGGCAUGCAGCUGAACGGCAGAGAGUCGACCAUGCCCUCCAUGAGCCCGGACAAGCCCGCUCUGUGUGCCGGCUGCGGUGGAAAGAUUUCGGACAGAUACUACCUCCUAGCCGUGGACAAACAGUGGCACCUGCGGUGCCUCAAAUGCUGUGAAUGUAAACUAGCGCUGGAGUCGGAGCUUACGUGUUUUGCCAAGGAUGGGAGUAUCUAUUGCAAAGAGGAUUACUACAGGUUCUCCGUGCAGAGGUGCGCUCGCUGCCACCUGGGCAUUUCCGCCUCGGAGAUGGUGAUGCGGGCCCGGGACUCUGUGUACCACCUGAGCUGCUUCACCUGCACCACCUGCAACAAGACCCUGACCACUGGAGACCACUUCGGCAUGAAGGACAGCCUGGUCUACUGUCGCCUCCACUUCGAGACGCUGGUGCAGGGACCCGAGUACCACCCUCAACUCAACUUCGCCGAGCUGGCGGCCAAGGGCGGCGGCCUCUCCCUGCCCUACUUCAACGGCACCGGCGGCACCGCGCAGAAGGGACGGCCGAGGAAGAGGAAGAGCCCGGCCAUGGGGAUCGACAUACCGAGCUACACAGGCUGUAACGAGAACGACACCGACCACUUGGACCGAGACCAGCAGGCCUAUGCUCCAACACAGAAGACCAAACGCAUGCGGACCUCCUUCAAACACCACCAGCUGCGGACAAUGAAAUCCUAUUUUGCCAUCAACCACAACCCAGAUGCUAAGGACUUAAAGCAGCUGGCGCAGAAAACAGGCCUGACCAAGAGAGUUCUACAGGUUUGGUUCCAAAACGCAAGAGCCAAAUUCAGAAGGAACGUUUUGCGACAGGAGAAUGGAGGUGUUGAUAAGGCUGAUGGCACCUCACUCCCUCCACCCUCGUCCGACAGUGGGGCCCUGACCCCCCCCUCCAGUGCGGCCACACUAACAGACCUGACAAACCCCUCUAUCACUGUAGUGACCUCCGUCACCUCUAGUUUGGACAGCCAUGAUUCGGGGAGCCCGUCACAAACUACCUUGACAAACCUUUUCUAACAAUUUAUCUCUAGUGGACUGGAUUUUUUUUUUAAUUUGAUCUGAUUUUUAUUUGGUUUGUUUUUUUGCUUUUUUUUUUUUUUUUUUGCUUUUUUCCAGUUUUUAUUUUUCUCCCUCAAUUUACAUUUUUAUUUUUUUAAGUGACACCUUAAAUCAAGCAGACACAGCUCCUUGGAAAGUACAGAAAGUGCUGUACUGUGUUCACAAACGAGAACAACAAGCUCAGUCGCAGCCACAUUAAAAAUUAUUAAUGUGUAGCAUUUGGAACGGCAGACAGACGUGUCUGGAGUCGGUGCAGAAACUGAUUUUGGACAAAAGGCAUUUCUGAAGAUGAAGGCAUUUAUCAAAAUUUCUCAUGUAUUUCACAGUUCAUUAGGAAAAAAAAGUGACUUGAAAAAAAAAACCAUGUCUAGAAAACUAGUCUUACUUGAUUUGACUUGAUUUGUACAUUUGUAUUGAAUUGAGAUUAAACUGAAUCCUUUCUAAUUUAUGAGUAAUUGGUUAGCCUUGAAUUAACAUGAAUAUCUUGCCCUCGGAUAAACCUGUAAAUGUAUGCACUGUGUUCGCACUCUUCGAUUCAAAAUCUUGUUUCUGUUUUGGAAUAAUUUGGAAAAAAAUAAACUUGUAGAAUGUUCUGUAUAUGGAUAACUCCAGAAAACAGGCUUUAAUUAUUUCCGAAUGUUUCGGCCUCUGAGGCUGAGGUGGGUGGAAUCAAACGUACGGCAUCACACGUCUAAAUUUGCAUCAAAAGUUCCCGACCAAUCACGGCUCAUGUGGCGGAUGAGGCUAAAAUGGCACACAUUUUUAAAGCAACAAAGAAGCCGUAGUUCUGAUGUGAUGCAGUCGCAGUGACAGAAACGGCCUCAUGGGUAGAAAUCGCUGAGAGACGUUAAUGGCUAAUGGGCGCUGUUGUAGUCGACUGUUAUCAUGACAGAGCACUUCUUGAGAUUUGGACACACACACAGACAUACACACACACACACACUCAUACAGGAAACAUCCAUAGAACCACAGCUAAACUCAGUUGCACAGUGACAAUAUAUACUGCCCAGUGAAAAGUGCAUUAUUGUUUUUAUCAUGUUGCUCAGGGUAACAAUGGGAUUUUUAAAAAGGGAAAAAAAGGAGAAAGUGUGUAGAGGAAUUCAGCGGCUGCAGCGUUGCAGAUUUUUUUUUUUUUUUUUGUUUGAACAUUCAAUGACCUCAGAAAGGUGGAGUCGUCAGAGGCAGCCAGUGGGAAAUUCAUCGUCCGUGUGCUCUACUUUUCUGGCCACAUUUCUACUUUUCUUUUAAUGACACUUGCCACUGAACAGACCAAAAAACACGUCUUUUCUGGCCUAAAAAAAAAGAGUAAAGUAAGGAAGGUAGUAAGGAAGGAAGGAAAGAUAGGAAGGAAAGGAUUCAGUGGAGUUGAUCCAUUUCAUUGUCGGCGUAUCAGUUUGUUCUGCAGCGGAACAAAGUGGUACUGUAGAUCUGCUCAGUGGAGCAGACGCCUAACUCAGUUUACCAUGUGCCUUAUGCUAUAACCUGGGAGAAAGUUUGUGAUAUUCAGGAUCUAUGUGUUCUUUGUUAACUGACUCACAUCCUUUUGACGCCUCACUAGUUUUGUACUGUUUUGCAUCUUAUUUCCGAAGAUCUUUCUAUGGUGUAAUCCUGUUAAAAAAAACAAAAAACAAAAAAACAAAAAAAAACAACCAAGGAAAAAAAAAUCAAAAAAAAAACAACCAAGGAAAAAAAAUAACAAAAAAACAAAAGAAGAAGAAGAAGAAGAAAAGGUCCAAGAAAAAGGCAGGGGAGGGGGCGGGGCAGCGAUGUCAUAGAAAGCAUUUGUGCACUCUUUCAGAUAUAGUUGGUUAAUCCAAGAACCUUAUAUAUUGAUCUUCGUGUUAAUAGUUGAGUACAGUAAGUGUUCUAUCAAGAUUGUCCAUGUUUCCCUGUUUCUUGAUAAAGAUGGUGUAUAGAAACUAUUUCCCCUUAAAUAUUUAUGGACCAAACGGUUGUUAUAUAUCUUAUUAAAUUUGUGUGAAUAAAAUACUUUGUUUUAAA